CCCAUGUUUCAUGUUGUUUGUUUGUGGUGGCUGUCGGGUUUCGUAUGGCGUAUCUUGAGAGGAUUGUGGGUAGAGCCUGUUCACUCACAUCCGCCAUCAAUACUGUCAUCAGAGAAAACCCCCUUGCUCGCUCGCUCACUCUCUCUCUCUCUCCCCGCUGGAGGCUGCUGUUAUCCUGCUUCAGACUCAGUCUUAAAGUAAAGCUGCUGUGAGACGAGAGCAAAGGAAGGAGUAAAAGAGUAUCAGGCACCCUGACGUCGCUUCUCGAGGUGUUUCCUGAGAAAACCUCCAAACAUCAGAAAAGUCAGAAGCGGCGUCUUGGAGGAGAGAAGUGUGGAGGAGACAGGAGGAGAAUCCAGCUGUCCUGAACUCCAGAGAGAGAAAACAUCUGUAGAGGGUUUUUGCGGCUGAAAUGAUGAUGUACUUUUGGGGUAAUCAGGAGGCCAGCAAUCCAGCGGACGCGAUGGCCCAGACUUACACUCCGCAGUUUGCUCAUCCCCCGCAGAACGGCAUCCACGCCGAGUUCACCGCGCUUCCCACGCAAGACUACGCAGGACAGAACCGCGUCCCGGAUCACGGCCUGACGCUCUACACGCCGGCACAGACCCACAGCGAUCUGGUCAACGCCGACAGCAACACGCCAGCCAUCAGCAGCAGCAGCAACACAGCACCGACGGAAGACGUGACGCAAACAGAAGUUUCCCAGCAGGUGCCGCAUUCAGAGUCCACGGAAAAACAGCAGCCCAAACGAUUACACGUGUCCAACAUCCCCUUCCGCUUCCGUGACCCGGAUUUACGGCAAAUGUUUGGGCAAUUUGGGAAGAUCUUAGACGUGGAGAUUAUCUUUAAUGAAAGAGGAUCAAAGGGCUUUGGCUUUGUAACUUUUGAAACGAGCGCAGACGCAGAUCGUGCGCGGGAGAAACUAAACGGUACAAUCGUAGAAGGACGUAAAAUCGAGGUGAACAAUGCCACAGCGAGAGUGAUGACGAAUAAGAAAGUGAUAAACCCGUACACAAACAGCUGGAAACUCAAUCCGGUGGUAGGAGCUGUUUACGGACCGGAGCUCUAUGCAGUGACGGGUUUCCCGUAUCCCGCAGCAGGAGCGACGGUGGCGUACAGAGGCGCUCAUCUGCGGGGCAGAGGCCGUGCCAUUUACAACACCUUCCGCACGGCUCCUCCUCCUCCACCCAUCCCUGCGUACGGCACGAUGGUGUAUCAGGACGGAUUCUACGGUGCGGAGAUCUAUGGUGGAUAUGCGGCGUACAGAUAUACUCAGCCUGCAACAGCUACAGCGUACAGCGACAGUUAUGGGAGAGUCUAUGCAACUACUGACCCAUAUCACCACACCAUCGCCCCGGCAGCCACCUACAGCGUGGGGACCAUGGCGAGCAUGUACAGAGGAGGCUACAGCCGCUUCACACCCUACUAGAGAGACUAAACCACUGAUUACGCAAACUGACACACAAAACCAAUAGACUCGUUCUGCAACACGGAGCUUGAUUUCAAACAAAAAUGCUUCCAGGUCACCCAAUGACCUCCUCCCGACAACAUUCUCUCAAGUGGACGUUGUGGAAAUCAGUGGGAAAAUCAGAAGAGCAGCUCAUAAAUGUGGAGUUGAUGUCAGAUUUUUUGACUUUUUGAUUUUAGAAAUUUUUUAACGUCAGCGGUUUUUUCGCAUUUGUGUUUUGUCUGCAAAUGCAAGGACAGUGUGUCAAAAAGCAUUUUAAAAUUGGAAGAAAGUGAACUAUUAUGUGGUCCUUUAGAUGAUUGUUUUUCAUUAUUGAUCAUUUUAUGUAUAUAAGCUGCUAGUGUGAAUUCAGACAUGAGACAAAAAUAUCUCAGGACUCUAUUCAACUUUUCUCUGAAUCCAAAAUCACCCCAGCAGACGUUCAGAUAUAUAUAUAUAU